AUGAGGAAUUGGCUGCGAGACUUCCUCAUCGAACGAAAAUUCUGCGUCUGUGUUGGCGAAUCGCUCUCUGCGUGGUAUUCCCAGUUGCGUCCCCCAAGGCUCGGUCUUGGUCCAUUGCUCUUUGCGGUAUAUGUGAACGACCUGCCCGGUCAACUGUGCAGCCCAUCCCUCAUGUAUGCGGAUGAAAUCAAAAUCUGGCGAAUAAUCAAGGAUCCGAAUGAUCGAAGUUCUCUUCAAGCGGAUUUAAGCAACCUGGCUCAGUGGGCGGAUAUCUGGGCUCUUCCAGUCAACACAGUAAAGUGUGCUCACCNCUACAACUUCCAGAGAACCACAUUGCGCAGAAGAUCGUGCAAACGAGACUUGGUUGUUAUGGUUACGUCAUCACUAAAGACCCGAGAAAACACGGAUCGGAUCUGCGCUAGCGCAUGGAGCAUUCUUGGGCCUAUUCGGCGGUCUUUCAACCAGCUCACAAUAGGCGCUAUCAGGCCGCUGUACGCUUCCCAUGUCAGACCAAGACUCGAGUACGAUGGUGUGGCGACAACCCCUGCACGGCCGGUGAACUGGCUGAGUUGGAGCGUGUACAACGUGCUGCCACUAGACUCGUUGUUGGACUAUGCGGGACUAGCUAUGAAGGUCGUCUACAGGCGACUGGUCUAA